AAUCCCCUUUUAAAAAUAGUUGCUGUAAUUUUCCUUUAUUAUCGGUACUUUGGAUUAACAGAAUUCCUACUCGGAGGUCAAGAUGUUGACUUUUUGCUACAUUAUUAUCUUGCUGUUGACACAUCUUUCACAGGCUGAACGAGGUCAUGCCCAAAGUCAUCAUGAGAAAAAACCUGAAGGAUUUAACUAUUAUGAAGAAAUGAUGGACAUAAUUACGAACAAAGGUUUCACAGAAGCAACAUUUAAAUGGAUGCGGGACAGUAUGGACCAUUGGAAGAAAACGGACCUUCAUGUCGCCAUGAUAGGUGAAUCUGGAGCCGGAAAGUCGGCAUUUAUAAAUGCGGCCCUCGAUCUGGACGAAACUGAUCCACGGGCGGCAAAAGUUGGUGUUGUUGAAACGACUAGAGAACCUGCACCUUACAAACUCCCAGAUAAACCCCUGACUUUGUGGGACCUUCCUGGAGUUGGCACAGCAUCUUUUCCAAAGGAAACGUAUCUACGACAAAUCAAAUUUCGUAGAUAUGAAUUCUUUAUCAUCGUUUCAAGCACACGCUUUUCGGAAAACGACUUAUGGCUGGCAAAGGCCAUUCAACAAGAGAACAAGAAGUUUUACUUCGUCAGGUCAAAGAUUGACAUCGAUAUUUACAACAGCAGACGACAGCGUGUCCCUUCAGAGGAGGUUCUGCGCCAAGUAUACGAGAACUGCCACGAGACGCUCAGCCGAGGAGGGUUUGCGAACGUUCCUGUUUUUCUUAUAUCAAAUUACGACCCAAACGAUUGGGAUUUUCAGAAACUAAUGCGCCAACUCAUCAACGACGUUCCAGAAAAGAAACGAGAAGCUCUGGUCCUCUCUAUAGCAGCUACUGGCGAAGAAGCAAUCCGCGCCAAAAGAGAAGCGUUGGAGAGUCGUAUCUGGGUAGCCUCAGGCUUGGCUUCUGCUGGCGUUCUUGUUCCGGUACCAGGAACAAGCAUUGCUGCAAAUUUUGCUGUAUUGUUGUACGAAGUUAGCUUCUACGAGGAGCAAUUUGGACUGAACCAACAUUUAAAGUCAGAUCUUUUCUUUAAAGGGGGGUGCCUAAGAGGGACCACGCUCUCGAGUUUAGCGACCAAGAAAGGAAUGACAGAGUUGAUCAAAAAGAUUGUCAUUAAUAAGGGCCCUCAAACUCUCUUCGCAGAGGCUGCGCGAUGGAUCCCCCUCGCUGGCACAGCCGUGUCUGCAGCAAUUACUUUCGCAACCACCUACCACGCCCUGCACUGUAUACUGGACACAUUUGAGCAAGAGGCGCUGAAUAACCUGAUGACGAAAACUGCCUUCCAUGAUGAAUUAUAGGAAACUUUUCAAGAGAAAUUAUUUUCCUGAAUAGAUUAUCCUGAAAUUUACGUUAUUAAGACAUUCUCUUCAGCAAACGUAAGAGGCGUGAAAUACCGCACUAUUUGUGCGGAUUAGAAUAUCGUUAUAAUUUUCAUUAUCAUUUAAAGCGUAAGAAUUACAUCAAAUGACCAGGGUGUAGCUACAAUAAGUAUAGCUUGAGAAUGUUAAAAUAAUAUGAAUAACGUUGACAUAUCCUAUAGUAGUGAUUAUGAAAAUAUAAAUAAAUAAGCCCGAGACGUGUCUAAACCUUUAUCAGUAGUUUUAUGUCACACAUUGUGGUCUCUAAAUUUGAACAGUCUUAAACGAGUAUCAAAAUAUUCAAAAUAAUUAAAUAUCCAUUAAUAAAAAAAUAACUAAUUUUAUGCAGUGAUUAGUGAUGUGCUAGAAAUAUACUGUGUGGUUGUCUACUUUUUACCAUGAUCAAUUUUUUUACUUCUACAUUGCCUCGUUUUAAUGCGCUUUGUGAUUUAGCAUUUUCAUUGUAAUUUUUCCAAUAAAUGCUCUUUGAACAUUAAUGGCAAUUUGCGUGGGGUGUUAGAUUGCACUGCCUCAGUUGGAUUAAAGCCUUCUUGUAGUAUAAAUAAGGGAUAAGUUUAGUGACUAGUAAUACAAUGUGAGGUGUUUUAAAAAAUCAAAAUCUAUUUGUCCUUCUUGUCACUGAAAUUGCCGAAGAAACGUGCAUUUUUACACAUAAGUAUAUCAGAGGAAAAUGUCCAUGCCGACAAAGUAAAUUAUAUUUUAUCCAGAAACCCACUUUCGUCAUCAUCUGCGACAUGAAAAGAUGCUACAGCAAGUAUAAUUUGCCUGUAAACAUCAGGUUUACUUCUUUUCUGUCCUGUGAGAAAA